AUGUUGUGGGAAAAUUCCGGAAAAAAGCAGCCGCUCCCUCACUGGGCCCUCACUGGGCCCUCGCUGGGCGUUCCCUCACUGGGCCCUCACUGGGCCCUCGCUGGGCGUUCCCUCACUGGGCCCUCUCUGUCUGCGCAGGCGCUGCAGGAGCUGGAGCUCAGCCUGAACCCCCUGCGGGACCGCGGGCCCCGAGCCCUGGCCCGGCUCCUGCCCCUCUGCCCGGCCCUGCGGCGCCUCGGGCUCCGCGGCUGCGGCCUCCGCCGGCCCUUCCCCGUCCCCGAGGGGACCCCCCUGCGCUCGCUGGCCCUGUCCUACAACGCCCUGGGCGCGGCCGGGCUGCGGCAGCUCCUCCGAGCCCUCCCGGCCCGCGGCCUCCGCAGCCUCGAGCUGGCCUCGGUCCUGGGGCGCCGAGGGGACGGCGGAGGGGACGGCGUCGGGACGGAGCUGGCCCGGUACCUGCAGCAGGCCGACUGCGCCCUGUGUCACCUGUCACUGGCUGGGAACCACCUGAGGGACCAGGACAUCGAGGAGCUGGCACGGUCCCUCCCCCACUGCCCCUCCCUGGUUUCCUUGGAGCUCUCGGGCAAUCCCGGCCUCGGAUCCGAAACAUUCCGGAAUAUUCUGGAAGCUCUGGAAAAACGGGAACGGGGCCUGGAGUUGCUGAACCUGACAGGAUGCGGCAUCCGGGACCUGGAUGGAGACGCCCUGAGCCGGAGCCGAGGGAAAAUUCGGGAUCUGCGGCUGCCGGGAAGGAAAUUCCUGAAGGGACCCUGAGGAACUGGUUUGGACUGGUCUGGACUGGUUUGGACUGGUCCAGACCGGUUUGGACUGGUCCAGACUGGUUUGGACUGGUCUGGACUGGUUUGGACCGGUCUGGACUGGUUUGGAGUGGGAGGUUCCCAGUUGGAUCCAAUAAAUCCCAGUUUGACGUGGAAAAUCCAGGAAUUGUGUCCCUCUCUCUGAGGUACUGGUUUGAACUGGUUUGGACUGGUCUGGACUGGUUUGGGCUGGUCUGGAUUGAUUUGGACUGGUCCGGACUGGUUUGGACUGGUCCGGACUGGUUUGGAGUGGGAGGUUCCCAGUUGGAUCCAAUAAAUCCCAGUUUGAUGUGGAAAAUCCGGGAUUUGUAUCUCUCUCUCUCUGAGGAACUGGUUUGAACUGGUUUGGAUUGAUUUGAACUGAUCUGGACUGGUCUGGACUGGUUUGGACUGGUCAGGACUGGUUUGGACCGGUCUGGACUGGUUUGGAGUGGGAGGUUCCCAGUCGGAUCCAAUAAAUCCCAGUUUGAUGUGGAAAAUCCA